UUAACAAUUUCAUAGUUUAAUUUUCACGCUUCUGAUAAAUUCGUCUACAGCACGAGCAAAACCAGAUAUUUUAUAAAAAAAAUUGUAAAGCCUUGAUCUGUACUAAUAAUGUUUAGGGGUGACAAUUCUCAUUCUUUGAGCUAUGAACAACAAGCAAAAUUUAUUCAAGAUAGAAUAACAAAUGUUGAAAAAAAUUUUGGAGAACUAUGUGUAGCAUUCGGCGACUACGCCAGAAAAACUGCAAGAUUACGUGACAUGGGGGAUGAACUGAGCAAGGUUCUAAAAGACUAUUCAAGCAAUGAAAUCGUUAACAAGUCUUUAAGCUCUGGGCUGGAUAACUUGUCGAUUACGCUAACAGCCAUUGAAGAAUAUAGAAAUUGUGAAGUACAACGUCUUGAAGCAAAGGUGGUUGGAGAGUUAUGCCAAUACGAAACUAUUUGUAAACAUGCACGAGAAGAAUUGAAACAUACUAUGAACGUCAGAGAAAAAGAAUUAGCAAGGAAAAAAGUACUGGAUAAGGCCCGGGAAAGGCAACCAUUCAAUAGGCAGCAAGUUACUUACGCUGAAUCAGAGUUGCUGAAAGCAUCAGCAGAGAUGUCGCGCACAGCCAAAGGCCUUAGCGAACAAACAGAAUUUUUCGAGCGUCGAAAACUCCAACAGUUGAAGUCACUCCUUUCGGAUUUCAUCAUGAUCGAAAUGACUUUCCACGGAAAAGCUGUAGAACUACUCACAGUGGCAUAUCAACAAGUCAAAGACAUUAACGAUAAGGCUGAUUUGGAGCAUUUUAGAAGAAAACUUCGUUCUCCGGAGAAGCAAAUAAGCACCGGUAUAUCUGCUAGGUCUUCAUCGUUGGCAUCCCUCAUGAACCAAUCGUCUCCAUUGAGGGACGAAGAAGAUGCUAUGAGAUCUUCAAGGAGAAUUAAAUCACCCGAAAAGAAUUUAGGAAGAUCUAGUUCAUUAGCUGCAUUGAUGAAUCAUUCACCGACGAAAGAAGAUGAAACAGCAACGGAAUCUGAAGAAUCUGGUGAUCAAGAAACAUCUGAUGACACGGAGUCACGUUAAUAUUUUUACUUUUAAGUUCGAUAACUAGAAUUUUUAGAAGGAUAAUUAAAAUAAUAUUUAAGAGACUAAUUGUUUUAUUCCUUUAU